UUCUCCACGAGAUGGCACUGCGAGUGUCAGAGUUCGGUUUUGCUCGGGGGAAAGUGGCCAUUCGUCAAUGAAGAUCCGCGAGUGCUGAAGUUGAUGUGCUCAGUGGAAAAUAUUUUGCAAUUUCGCGGAGAAAGGUAGCACUGUGCGGGUCAAAGGGUGGUUUAAAGCGUAGCAGAGGUGGUGAUAAACUGAUGAGUGAUGAAAUUGAGGGAGAAUUCGUGUGACACACCGUCGCAGGCGCGAUUCGCAAUGGAGACUUCCGCGGGCGGCAAUCUUCUGGAGGUGAUCGAUCUGGCGCACUCGCUGCGCCAGGAGCAGCUCUUCAUAUCCAAGGAGCAGAGCUUCUUUGUCCGCCUCAGUGAGACACUUCAGGAGAACACAUCGGAAGUCGCCGAGCUCGCAUGGAUUUGUGCUCAGCAUCGUCGGAACUUGAGUGACUUGAUCGUGUCGAAGCCCGACACGGGUCCGGCGAUGUGCUGCCAGAAGGCUAACGCACUGGAGAAUGUGAAAUUCGUGAGCGCGUACAAGGCGAAGGGCUUGAAGUAUCAGCAUGUUCUGGCUUACACGAAUCUCUUCAAUUACCUCCACAACUCGCCGUAUCUCCUCGCCCAGUGCCUCACCAUCGGUGAUCAGCUCUCGCGCGACGUGCUGAGCGCCGAUCAGACCAACAUCAUCACGCAGACCAUUGUCAGUGGCCUCUAUGGCAAUGCCAUCCAUUCCAAAGACGUUGAGAUGCUGCUGAAGCUGCUCAAGGAGCUGAUAGACAUUGAGAUCGUACCCAGCGAGGCGCCGCGGAGGAUGUUGAGGGCGGGCAGCUGCGCCUUUGCCAGGCUCUAUCACUGUCUGCACGAGAGAGUCUUCUCGGCGAAGCUUUUCCUCACGGCGACUCUCCACGAGCCCAUCAUGAAAGUGCUGGUGGAGGACGAGUGCACACUGGAGAUCGAUCCUGCCAAGGCGUCAAUCAAUUAUCCAGCCAAGGAGAGACUGAAGAGAUUCGGCAAGGAAGGCACGCCUGAGCAUGAGGCGAAGAUGAAAGAGUACAUCAGAGACACGAUCUCCUCGCUCAACAUCCUUACCAACAAGUUCAUUAAGUCCCUGUCGGCAAAUUGGGUGCUCUUUCCGUCGACGCUGCGCUGGCUGGUACAGACGAUGUGUCUGUCGCUGAAGCGCUCGAACCUCAGUGCCAAGGAGAUGAAUGCCAUCCUCACGGACAUGGUCUUCACGAACUUCAUCUGUCCAGCCGUCGUGAGUCCCGAUGUAUUUGGUAUCGCGGAUGCGCCAAUAUCGCAGAAUGCGCGCAACAAUUUGAUCGUCAUUGGGCAAAUUUUACAGAAGUUGGCGCUGAUUGAGCAUCAGCAGGUGGAUGGGAAGUGGCAAGAGUUGUACGAUAAGUUCGACAGGAAUGCCAUUGCUGGGCUGCUGACACAGCUGAUGCCAAAGGAUGAGUGUGACAUUGGGAUUGGGGUGAUUGGCAUGUCGCCACACAAGAGUGAUUUAUCGCGAGGGAGUGUUUUGGUGAUGCAGCAUGAGUUGAAUGUGUUUGUGGACUACUUGCGCACGGUGCUCAGUCAUGAUGAAUUGAACAUUUCCGGUGAGGCGCGGCGGAAGCUGGGCGACAUUCUCGAGCAGUUGCCGGACAAGUGGGAGACGAUGAUUAAUGGCGAUUCGCCGCAACAGAGCGCCAGUGCAUCGUCGUCCAAGGGGAUAAUCAGCCUGAGGAGGAACAUAGAGAGCAAAUUGGCGAAGACAAUGAGUCUGAAUGUGAACACAGAUGUGCCGGAUGAAGCAUCGGCGCUGGUGAAUCACACCGGUGGUGGUCCGGAGGAUUAUGGGCAUGUGUUGGUGAUUCCCGUGGCGUUUGGCGAUGAGAACAAGUUGGCGAUGCUGACGGAAGAGGAGGUGCUAAACAUGAAUACGAUCGCCAAUGAUAUUGAGGAGCCGCUGCUGUCGGAAAAGAACAUUGGCGACAUGGACAGGCUGGGCGUGAACGAGGGCGCGGACAUUGGGGAUGAGGUGCAUCGCAGUGAUCAUCCGAAACACUCACGCUACUCAAUGUCUCACGAUGAUGCCUCCAUUGGUAACACGUCGGACAAUCUGGAAGCGGUAAGCGAGGCGCCAAGCAAUCAUUCAAUGGCCAGCUCGCUAGAGCUGGAGGAGAACGACCAGAACGAUAAUCUCUCGGACAUGGUGUCGGCGAAUGUGUCUGGACGGGGAACACCGAACAUUUCCGGCAGAGAUACGCCAUCGUCGCAGAUAACUGAGGGUGAGAAUCGUCCACCGCAGAUUCCGACACCUCAGAUGGCGAAGAUUCUCAAUAAGGCGCGCUCAGACAUUGACGACAAGUUUUGCAAGUUCGAGAUCAAGAAGCUGAUCGAGGGCGAUGAAACCAUCUCCAUUAUAUCGGACACUUGGAGCACAGAUGUGCUGGCGAGCGACUCUGAAACCAUCGGUGAUACGGAUCGUGAUAGGAACUUCUCCACGCCGCUCAUUCCAUCGGCAGUCAUUUUGCCGGGUGACAACAACUUCGAUGUGUUGUCCAGCGCGGCUCGUCCGCAGAUGAGGCAAAAUCUGGAUGAGACACAGUCGGAAUCCGCGUGGAGCAUGGACGUGCUGGCCAGUGAUUCAGAGAAGAUGACGGAGAUUGACACGGAUGACAAUCAGAGCAUUGCCGCCAAGUCUGACACGACGGAUGCUGGGAGAUCUGAGGCUGGAGAUCAGUUCCGCGAGGGUGAGAACAGGGCGCCGGAUUCGCCGUUCUUCGCUCCGCGCGUCAGACAGAUGGAUUCUCCGAGUCACGGGCCGAAAGUGCAGGAGUCCGUCUUCUUCAGCGGCACCGGGAGAUCGACAGAGGCUGUGAAUGGUGAGGAUUACGGCGUCCGCAUGGCGAGUACAAAAGUGCAGAGGGACCAAAAUCGGAAUCACUUCUUGUCGUCGUGCCUAGAGAAUAGUGGAGCCGUUGGAGGCUCUUCUAAUGGCUCAACAAACGCCCACAAGAGCUUUCUGAAUCAUCGCUCGCGGCCUAUAAGGCAGAACUCUUCGGAGAGCAACACAAGUUCCAAUUUCGAUCAGGAUCUGGGCAAUGGGAAGAUCCAUGAUUUCGGGUAUAGGAAACCAGUGAAGGAGUAUGUUGACUCAAUCACGCCGCUCAGUGUCUUCAAGUCCUCGACAGAUGAUAUUCUGGAUCGCUUCAAUGAGGAGCAAGAUCACACAAAUCAGAGGGAUAACGCAGAUUACAGCUAUUCGGCCUACCAUGGCGAGUAUCGCAGCUCGGAUGAGGCUGUCGUGAAGACGGACAUCAACAUUGUGAAUCCCUUUUGCACUGGAAAUGGUCAGACGUGUGAGAACAAUGGUUUCGAGGACAAUUUCAGCGAUGAACUCGUGGAGCACAGGCGACUUUCGUCGGAGCAAAGGCAUGCGGGCUUCGAUGGGAGGCGUAAUGGGAUGAUUGACAUCAAUCCGAAGAGGCGCACGUGCUAUACUUACGAGAAUCAUGAAAUUAUCCGCGCGACGCAGAGUCUCAGGCUGUCGGAGGAUCAGGAGAUUAGUGUUGAGGUGAUCAGCGAAGAGAAGUUCACUGAUGCUUCAGUCGGAGGGAUCCAGAAGACGCAGUCACUGAAUCUAACCAAUGGCAAUUGCCUUCCGAAUGGUACAAUCACGAAGUCUGGCAAGUUCACGGGUGCAAUUCCCAAGAGCAUCAGCUUCGAUGCAUCGGCGGACAAGAGGAAUCUGCAGGUGCGCGUGAAUAGUUCGGGUUUCUUCAACAAAAUCAAGCGUGGCUUCAAGAAUCGGCGCAGUCAGAAGAUGCGCAAUGGACAGGAUGACUUCCUCAGUGAUCACGCGCAUCACGAUGACGAUCUCAUCACCCAGGCGGACGGAAGCGAGAGCGGUGAGUGUCGUCAGUCGGAAUUCCUUGAGACAACUGAGGACAUCCUGGCCAAGUAUCGCCGCAAAGCCUCUUCGAGCAGCGACGCGACCAAUUCCGACUCCACCGGGAGUCACUCGAGCUCCAGCAAGAGCAAGAGCUCUCACUCGGAUCUCGAGAAUAGACUGUCGAAAGUGAUACUCAACCGCAAUGGUGAUGCCUUCUUCCAUUUCGCGAAUGCCAAGAGGAAGCUGAGGGUGGUUUUGUCAUCAGCUGAUCUCCACACGGCCGACUUCAAGCACACUUCGUGCGGAAAAUCAUCCCCGAUCGUCAUUUACUUACAAAUCCAACUCGCUCAGGCGCUGAAUUUGAACAAUCUACAGCAAAUAGCCUUCGUGUCGGAGGCCAUGCGCUGCCUCUCGGAGAUGGACGUGGGGCAGCACCGCAAGUUGGUGGAGGAAUUGCAGGAGGAUUUGAUAAAGCGACAAUCGUACUUGCAAUAUCUCGUGCGAUUCCGGCAGAAUCUCCUGUCGGCGGUAGAGAGUCAGGAUCGCGUAAAGGAGCGACUGAGGAAUGAACGAGUCGUGUGCAAUCGACACCUGGUGAAGACGCUGAUCAACAUGUUCCUGGACAAGCGGGAGGUGCUGAUUGAGCAGCUGCAGUGUGACUUUGCCGAGUUGACGGUUGUUGAUGAGAAAAUUGACCUGUUGGAUGAAUUUAUCAGCAAACUGAUGGACGAAUUGAGUGCCAACACCAAUUCCGUUGGCAUGAAUGACUGGCAAUUGGCAGAGGCGCGCGUUUGCAUUGAGAGAAUCCUCCUGCAGAGACUCUAUCGCCAAGUGAUGUUCCCCAAUGACGAUGGUGACAUAUCGAGAGAUCAAGUGUUGCGCGAGCACAUCAGGAAGCUGUCGAGAGUGAUAACGCCAGCACAUGAGAAACUUCGCAUUCCACAGGAGUAUCUGAUUGAGGCGCCAUGGCCUUUCGCGCAGCAGCAAAUAGCCCACAUUUCUGCCUACAAGACGCCCAUGGAGAAAGUGCAGUGCGUCGUGAGGUGCAUCACGAGCAUAAUGAAUCUUCUGUCAAUGGCAUCGGAUCGAGUGCCUUCAGCUGAUGACUUGACGCCUGUGUUAAUUUACGUUAUCAUUAAGGCGAAUCCCCCUUAUCUGCUGUCGACUCUGCAGUACGUGAACUGCUUCAUUGGUGAUAAAUUGGAGGGUGAAAAUCAAUACUGGUGGACACAGUUCUGCUCAGCUGUUACUUACAUCAAGACUCUAGACUAUUGAAUG